GGAACGUGAAGUUGAGGGUGUGUGGGGGGAGGAGACAGAGCACAUGUCCUGUCAGUGAGGAAAUUCAAGCAGGAAGCUUCAGGUGAGGAUAAGUAGCGAGCACACAUGAGUGUGUCCAGGCUGCAGAAACUGAAGGGACAUAUUUUGCCUGAAAAUAAGAGCACAGCAAUGGCAGGCUCACCAAGUCCGCUCACCACUCACGUGCUGAAUACAGCCCUGGGCAUCCCUGCUUCGAACGUGGCCCUCAGCCUCUCUCGACAAGUCCCCUCGACCAAUGACUGGACACUGAUAACCACUGGGACCACUAAUGACGAUGGACGUUGCCCAGGGCUCAUCACAAAAGAACUGUUCACCCCUGGUGUGUACAGACUGCAUUUUGACACCGCUCAGUACUGGGCGAGUAUGGGCGACACCAGUUUUUACCCCUAUGUUGAGAUUGUCUUCACUAUAAGUGACCCUGGACUGAAGUACCACGUCCCCUUGCUGCUGAGUCGUUUCUCUUACAGUACCUACAGAGGGAGCUAGAGCUCAGAUGGGAUGAAGUCCUGAGACUGCCUCCAUCUAUCAGGCACACACUGACAGUGACAAUGUCACACAAGGAAGAAACACAAUCCUCCAUGUAAAUUUUGAAUGCAUUUGAAUAAUGAUGUCAUCCUCAAUAUGACUAUUUUGCAGUUAAAUAAAUAAUGUUCUGAUAUAA